CGUCGCAGCGUCCUCAUCUAUUGGGAUAUAUCAACAGAUCGAAUUUAAAUUUAAACACAACAUGAAUUUCUUGGUCAUCGUUUUCGUGGCCCUGCUUGCCUUCGCCUCCGCUGCGCCCCAAUUCGGAGGAUUCGGAGGAGGAUUUGGUGGUCAGCAGCAACAGCAGCAGGAAGGAUUUGGAGGAGGUGGUUUCGGCCAGCAACAGCAGCAGCAAGAAGGCUUCAGUGGAGGAUUUGGAAGUGGCGGUUUUGGACAACAACAGCAGCAGCAAGAAGGUUUCAGUGGCGGAUUCGGAGGAUUCGGAGGAUUCGGCGGCGGCGAGCAACAGCAGCAGCAGCAGCAAGGUAGUUUCUUCUAA